AUGGACGACUCAUCGAAGAAUGCAUUCGGAAAAAUGGCCGACUGUGUAGUCCAGGAGUACAACAAUUUCUGCCCUCUGAACAAGACUGAGUACGGCACAGCGGCAUGUUUGGAUGGAGCCCAAACCCAAGGAGAGAACAUCGCCGACAAUGGAGGAAUCCAUGCGGCAUUCCGUGCGUAUCGCAACUUCAUCAAUCUUUACGGCCCGGAUCCUCAACUUCCAGACGAUUUGCUUCAGGAGUUCACUAAUGACCAGCUGUUUUUCCUAGCUUUUUCUCAGGUUUGGUGCCAAUCACCACCUCGUCCUUCACAAAUUGAACGUCAGAUUCUGGUGGAUCCACACUCACCGUCACAGUACAGGGUUUGGGGAACGAUUCAGAACUUCCCUGCCUUUAAAGACGCCUUCCACUGUCCAUCUUCAGCUUAUGCUCCCGAUCAGCAUUGCGAUGUCUGGGUAUCUGAUAUUGAGUCGUCGUACGGUGAGCCGGUUGUUAAAGGUGAGCUGAACAUCAGGCCGAACAAUAUGAUCACGACGAGCGACAUCGACAAGUACAAUGCCUACAAACAAGCGGUCGACUUCUAC